AUGAGUUCUAACCACACCCAACUAGUCCUUCUCCGAAAGCUGUCCAAGGUGGCUAUCAAGGGUGCGGAGUAUGACUCCCCUGAACGCCUGCUGCCUCCGAGAUGUUUGGAAGGGACCCGAGAGGACCGUCUCGAGGACAUCUACAAAUUGCUAGACAACCGAGAUAAGAGUCGACUGAUUUGGCUACAUGGCGCAGCAGGUGUCGGAAAGUCUGCUGUUGCUUUCACUGUAGCCGAAAGAAUGAGAGGUCUAAAAGUGACACCACGGACGAAUGAAAAGCGGCUCGCGGGGACAUUCUUUUUCUCGCGAAAACACACAAAACGCUGCACCACCGGUUAUUUCUUUGCAACACUCGCCUAUCAACUUGCCACCAAUUUUGCCAGCAUUCGAAAGGACGUGAACCAAGCUAUCCGCGAGAAUCCUGCGCUUCUAGACCCCGAUAAGUCUCUUCACGACCAGAUGCAAUCGCUCUUUGUCCAACCUCUCCAGAGGCUUUACUUCAGGCUGCGCGAGUGCCCGCCUUUGGUGUUCGUUGUUGAUGCCUUUGAUGAAUGCAGACCCGAGACCGUCGCUGAUCUCAUCUCCCUGCUUGGCCAAGCUCUUCGUCAACCCAAUCUUCCCGUGGUCCACAUCCUACUCACAAGCCGUCCGGAAGAGCAUAUUCGUAGAGCCAUCCACAAAGCCGAGAUGCGCGAGAUACCGGAGAAAACUUCUGCGGAGAGUGUUACUACCACCAUCUCAUUAGAGGGUGCGGAUGUUGACAAUGACAUUUAUAUAUUCUUGCAGCAUUCCUUUAAAGAGCUGGAACGUCAGCAUCCUGAUUUUCCUCAGCCAACAGCAGAUGAACUUGCGCAGCUGGUGAGCCGAGCGGGCAGACGUUUCAUUGUAGCAUCCACGAUGAUUAACUUCAUCAAUGGUCAAGACGAUGACACCCGCGACCGGCUUCAGCUCAUACUCGACUUGACAAGUGAAAUGCUACCACGCACGGAGGUGUACAAGUUAUAUGAUUGCAUCCUCUCCACAUGUGCGGACCCCAAGCGGGCAUACCUGCACUUGUCCGUCGUCGCUGCCCUCGUAGACCCUCUGCCGAUCUCGGAAAUCUCGAAACUUCUUGGUCCUGGCCAGGGCAAUCAUGUUGAGACAACACUGUUGCAGCUACGGUCUAUCAUGGAUAUCCCCGCCGAUAGCAGUCUCCCCGUGAAUAUCUACCACUCCUCUACCCCUCAAACUGCAAUCUUCAUCAAGAACGAUGCAUCACGUCACCCCACUCCCUACUCGCUCGUUGUUCUUUGGGAUUGA